AAAUGAACAGUUUAAUAAUUUUUUUCUGCUCUUAACUUUCUCAGUUACGAACGGGCGGUCAUCUGAGAUGCACGAAAAAGAAUAAAAUAAAAUAAAAACGCGAAGAAAUUCAUUGAAAAAAGUUAAAAACUCACCAUUGGCUGUCAUAAAAAUGUUCAUCUUCCUGAUUUUCACGAUAAUUUUGCCACAAAAGUCCUUCACAAGUCUCCUUCCGACACGAUAUCCUACUUUAAUCGAGGUUCAAGGUCGUCCAACUCCGCUAGAAUAUGACACGUUACGCAAAAAUUUCUUCCUGGAGCAAAAAAAUCGCUACUUGGGCGCCGAUUUGACACUUUCACCACAAGAAGAACGCGUCAAUGACAUCAUAAUGCGUCUCAAACGUCAAGAACUGACCUACGGAUUCUCGAAUCCGGGCAAUUUUUCAGGAGCUGUGCAUAUUUUUCAGUCAUUCGAACGCAUUGAUAACUCAUCCUUGUUUAAAAUUCUGCGAAAAAUGCCAAAAGGCGGCGUUUUGCAUGCACAUGACACCGCCUUGUUAAGCACUGCGAAGGUCAUCGAGUUCACAUAUCGCGAAAAUUUGUGGAUUCUCGGAGAUUUGGAUGAAAAUUCGGACAAACUGCCAAAAUUUUUGUUCGCUUUAAGCAAACCUCAAGCUGAAAACGGGCUUGAAUGGCAAAGCGUGGCUGAUCUUCGUCUCGCCAAAGGUUCAGAAGUGUUCGACAAGGAGCUUCAUGACAUCUUAAGCUUAUAUUCAAGUGACUCUUCCAUCGAAAAUCGUGACAUAAAUUACGUGUGGCGGCGUUUCAAGUCGAUUUUCAGUGUUCUCGGAGGAAUUGUUUGUUAUGACGAGGUUUGGAAGGCAUAUUUUUAUCAAGCGUUACAGGAAUUUUUAGACGAUGGCGUGCAAUAUCUCGAAUUUCGUGGAUUACUUCCGGCUGUUUAUGCAAUAAAUGGCACGAUUUACUCGCCGGAACAAGUUGUCGAGCUUUAUGUUGAAGUUUUAGAAAAAUUCAAAAGAGAACAUCCGACGUUUAUUAACUCGAAAUUCAUUUUUGCUCCGCCGCGGGCAGCUACAGACGAACAAUUUGACAAGGAUCUCGGGAUUUUGAACGAAUUAAGGCUGAAAUUUGGAAAUUUUGUUGUUGGAUUUGAUCUUGUGGGUCAAGAAGAUGCUGGGAGACCCUUGAAGGACUUUGCUCAUAAAUUGCUGAGACUGCCGCAAGAUAUUAAAUUUUUCUUUCAUGCUGGGGAGACGAAUUGGAAUGGCAUGGCAACGGAUGAAAAUUUAGUCGACGCUAUUUUGAUAGGAACUAAACGCAUCGGACACGGAUUUGCCAUCACAAAAAACCCAAAAAUUCUGGAAGCCAUCAAAACCGAAAAUAUUUGCAUCGAAGUCAAUCCCGUUUCAAAUCAAGUCCUCAAACUCGUUGAUGACUUCAGAAAUCACCCAGCAGCUCUUUUAUUCGCCGACAAUUAUCCCGUUGUGAUUUCCAGUGACGAUCCCUCGUUUUGGCGAACAACUCCUCUAAGUCACGAUUUUUACAUUGCCUUCAUCGGCAUCAGUUCCGCCCACAGCGACUUGCGUUUCCUGGAGAAACUCGUGAAAAAUUCCAUCGAAUACAGCUCAUUAAGUGCCAAUGAGAGACAGAACGCUGAAAGCAAAUGGCGAGCGGAAUGGGAAAAAUGGCUCAAAUGGGUGAUUGACAACUACGAAACAUGAUUCGGAAUAAAAAAAAUUUUUUU